AAUAAACUUUACAAUUCAUUAUUUAACACAUAUUUUUACAGUAUAUUUUAAAGUAGAUUUCGUUUUCGAUAGCAUGUUGUCAAAGCGCCUAUCAAUUUUGUGGCAAUAAAUUCGUAUUAAGGAACAUGUCCGGUUCGGUCUCUGUCUCUUAAUAGCGGGUGUAUUGUAUGGCCAGCCAUAAACUGUCGCUUUGGGAGGCAUCGCAUCACGUGCCUCAAAGCAAGAGCAAGUGCUCUCCGACCGCGGUGGGUGGCGGUCAUGCGUGCAGACGUAGCCAUUUACACGUGUGACCGUAUCGCACCCUCAGUCGAGAGAUAUGUGGCGGGGAAUCUAGUUAGAGCCCUUGUUGGCUUUAUCUCCGUUAUCCCCGUUUGGCUCGGAGGUCGGUGUUGCUAGAUUAGCAGGAUCAGUCGUCUUUGCUACCAUAAUAAUUAGCAAAAAUAAAACUUUGCAUUUUCAAUUCUCCGCAUCUUUGCGAGAUUUUGACAUACAAAUCGAAAUAUAAGUUGGACGAAGUAAAUUUUAUUCGCGUUGACUGUAAUACGGUCAAUAACAUUGUUUCUAAUAACUUUUAAUAUAUAACGCAAUAAUUAUUUUAAACAAAUCUCAUUAGUCGAUAAGUCGUCGUAAUCUUUGAAUCACACAUCUGGCAAAUGAUUCUUUAAUAUACAUUUAUAUAAUAACUGUGAUCAACAAAAAGCAGUUGGAAGUGUACACAGAAACAAGCGAGAAGUACCCAUUUGCAAUUAUGAAAUAUUAUUUAAUUGCAUCGCACAUUCUUCGUGCUGCUCUCGUAGCAAUGACUUUUCGCUCUGUUUAAUCGUGAGAACAAAAUAACAAUUUUAAAAAAUCCGAUAAAAGCGACGAUUAACGUGCAAUCAGGAAAAACAUUAUCAGACACAAUGGACCGUGGCAUAUUGCGACAAAUGUUAAUUGGAUUUGUAUGCAGUAUUUUAAUCAUCGAUUGCGGCCUCCACGAAGGAUGGAGCACGCCGACUAUACCAAAAUUCAAUGGCGAGGAUCCUCUAAAGGUGACGAAUGAUGAGAUCGCUUGGAUUGUGAAUCUCAUGUAUGUGGGGGUCGGUAUCGGUUCGUUGGUACCUUUUCUAUUAAUGGACAAUAUCGGACGUAAGGGAACCUUACUAGUCACCACGAUACCGAAGAUCAUUUCUUGGCUUUUCAUCGGGCUGUCCACUUCUGUAUCGUUUAUAUAUGUUGGACGAAUACUCGCGGGCUUAGGAUGCGGUAUAACUUAUGCCGUGAUGCCAAUGUAUCUCGGCGAGAUCAGCAGCAAGCGGACCAGAGGUCCUUUAGGUACUUUAAUGGCUGUUCUAAUUAACAUUGGGAUGCUGCUCAUUUACGCUAUCGGCCUGUGGGUCAGCAGAUUCGUGAUGGCGAUGAUAAGCGUAUGCGCGCCAAUAUUAUUUUUGCUGACCUUUAUAUGGCUACCCGAGAGCUCGGUGUUCCUCACGCGUAAGAACAAACUCGAUCCCGCGGAGAGAACCCUUCAGUGGGCCUUGGGUAAAGAGAACGUGGACGAGGAGCUUGAGGAAGUGAAACGUAUCGUGGAAACCGAGGACAAGUGCAGCAAGAUGACUCUCAAGGAUAUGUUCAGGGAGAUCUUCACCAAGGCGCAGAAUAGAAAAGCCUUUCGUAUCGCUAUGAUACUACUGAGCGGUCUGACAUUGACAGGAGCGGCGCCAAUACUCGCUUAUCAGUCGUACAUCUACGACGAGGCCGGCUUCGAGAUCUCGACCAACACCAGCAUUAUCCUGACGGGUGUCGCCAUCGUCCUGGCUGGUGCCACCUGCGUGACGGUGGUGCGUUUCACAGGCAAGAGAUUGCUGUUGCUGAUCGCCGCGCCGAUUUGCGUCGUAUCGCUGGCCACAAUAGCUAUUUUCUUCGAGCUGCAGUCCAGCGGCUAUAACGUUUCUUGGUUCAAGUGGGUGCCUACGGUCUUCGUGGUGAUUUACGUGCUUGGCUUUGGAUUCAGCCUUAAUCCGAUACCGUUGGCGUAUAUCGGCGAGAUCUUCGGCGUCGAGGUCAAAGUACCCGCCGCAGUGCUCAACGCUCUCUACUAUGCCAUAAGCACCACCGCCGUUGUAAAAUUUUAUCAGGUCGUACAAGAGUUGUAUGGCACGUUCGCACCAUUAUGGGUAUUCACUGCGAUAACAUUUCUUAUAUGGGUAUUAAUUUACCUAUUUGUGCCGGAGACCGAAGGCAAAACCUUGGAAGAGAUACAAUUGGAAUUACGGACGACGACGAUAGUGUGCGGUCCGUAAAUAUGUAUGCAUACAUAUAUGUAAUAUGCAUAUCAGCAUUAACAUUAACAAUCAAGAUGUAUCAUAAGAAGAUUACACAAGGAAGAUAACGUUCCUAUUUACAAAAAUAAUUUACAUUGUUACAAGAUAUGUACUAUUAGAAUUGUUUGCGGUUAUAUAUCUUCAGCCAGAUGAAUAAUAGAUCAAUAUUAUGAUAACAUCACUUCUAUAUAUACAUAUAUAUAUAUAUAUAUAUAUACAUAUAUAUAUAUAUAUAUAUAUAUAUAUAUAUAUCUAUAGAUAGAUAGAUAGAUAGAUAGAUAGAUAGAUAGAUAGAUAGAUAGAUAGAUAGAUAGAUAGAUAGAUAGAUAGAUAGAUAGAUAGAUAGAUAAAUAGAUAGAUAGAUAGAUAGAUAGUAGAUAGAUAGAUAAUAUUAUAUUAAUGUAUUAACAAAAGUAAUAUAAAAGAUACUUUUAGAAUAAUAUAUUUUAUAAAAAUAUAGUGAAAUACAAAGUUUAAAAUAGGCCGCAAUGUUUAAUAUAUUCGUGUAAAGUUUUACAACGAUAAUUUACGCAUUUAAAAUCGCGUAUAUAAAUUUUAAUUCUGGUACCUCUUUUUUUUCACUAUAAUCAUAUAGAUAAUCAUAUAGAUAAAUUUUACUCAUUUACUUAUUUAAUCUUUAAACUUCUUUAUAUGUUGCUUUGUAAUUCUUUUGAUAUAUAUAUAUAUAUAUAUAUAUAUAUAUAUAUAUAUAUAUAUAUAUAUAUAUACACAGCGUCGAUAAUGGCGUUAAAUCGCAUCUCGAGCUUGUUAAAGCACUAGAGAGAAACGAUGCAAGGGGAAAUCAUUACAUUUGUUUGAUCGUGAAGCUUUAACUCUCCAAAGAGAAUCGUUUAGUAGCGGUAUCGCGUACGAUGACAUUCAUACGUUCGAUCGGACAAGUUAAGUUCUCAUUAAAAAUACAUUUGCAACGUGAAUUCGCCGAGACUUACUAGUUAAGCCUCUCUUAAAGUCUAAUACCGAUGAACAUUUCUUGUUGCAUUUUUUCUAAAUAUCUCGAUGUAUUAAUAAUGCAUAAUUGGAAAUACAUAAUUAUUCAAGUUCGUUAUAAUUAUUCAAUGUAAUCGUAAAUUCUUUGUAAUCGAAAAAAAAAAUUUUUAUCCUAACGACAAAAGCUAUUUAUAAAUUUUCUAGUCUGUCUCUUUGUGGAGAGAACCAUUCAUAUUUUAGGAUUAAUUAAAAACAACAUUUUCUAAAACGGACAAAUUCCGAAAUUUUGGCAUAUGAUUAUAUCCCUACGCCAAUGAUGGUUUGCCAGCCUUGGAACAUUGGCAGGACGUGAAUAUAUAUAUACAUACGCAUGUUGUCAUUUCUCUCUAAUGAAACAUUUGUACAUGUGUAUCAAUGAUAUGUAUAUUUACGUUGUUAUGCGAAAAUACAUUUAUCUACGUAUAAUUGUUUCCGGCAAUAUUCUCUUGCGUGAUGUAUUAACCUGAACUAUGUAUUCUUCAGAUAUACGUAUAUGAACUUAAGCAUAUGAUUAAAUUAAUAUCAAAUAAUGAUGAUUAUUUCAUGCCUCUAUGCGAGAGGCAAUAUAAAUACGCAUUGAUAUAUCAUUAAUUCCGGUUGCAUUUAUUCAGAUUCUGUCUUUUUAAUGUCAAAAUUACAUUAUGAUUUGAUAAAUACAGAAGGAUGCAAGCAGACAUAUAUAUAAUAAAUAGAAUUAAGCAAGAUUAUUUUACCAUAUUAUUAUUUUUUAUAUAUAAUGUAAUAAUUUUCUUUCCUAUAUAUAUAUUUUUUUUUUCAAUAUAUAUUUUUUGUGAAAAUAUGCGUCUUAUAUAAUUACAUAAUAUUAUAUUAUAAAAUAAGUCAAAUAAAAUUUUUAUAAUUUU